AUGGGAGGAUCGCACUCCAAACCUGUUACUAUAGACAUUAGCAAAUACCCAGGAGGAUCAGAAAAGCAAUCAGUCCAAUCAGGUGAUGAUAAGGGAGGUUACUACUAUGAUAGUGGUAGUAGAAGAGUUCUUCUAACGGAUGACUGGUUUCCUGACCCAGAGGGAAUCUAUAGGAAAUUUACUCAUACUCCUGGAGAUGGUUGUACAAUAGGUGAUAUUAAGAAGGGAGGAGAAUCUCAGACUGGGUUUGGGACCUUAACUACUUAUGAUAGCGUCUCAGUCUACUACUGGGGACAGGAUCAUCACUGUAGCACACCACUCCUCGUUCAACUUGGCGAGGGAAAUGAGUACUACAUCCGGAGUAGCGGUAAUACCUGGACCAAUGCAAAUAUAAAUACUGGAAAUCUCAGGAAGAAGCUAGACGAGCAGAACUGUGAAAAGAACAAGGCUCAUAUUAUAAAGAUUGCAGAGAAGAGUGGUUACCAAUGUCCAGGUUGUACUGCUCAGUGGAUUGCAGUAUCCCCUCUGUCUCAGCAUAAUUACAGGCGUUAUAAACAUAUCAUUAGUAGUGAUACCUCCACUCCUUCUAUAACAAGAUUUCAAUGUACUGAACAGGACCAACUUGGAUUUCCAUCUCUAAAGGAUGCCAGGAGUAGUGUUAUCAAAGUAUACUGGAACAGGUCUGGAACACCCCUCCUUAUUCACAAUAGCCAAACUGGUGGAGGAAAUAGAUGGUUCAGAAGAAACAAAAGUACUGAAAAUACUUGGAGUGAGAUUGGCACAAAUAAUCCUAAUAGACCAGGACAUAGUGAUGAUAAAGAUAAUAUAAAGAAACUUCUUGAACUUCCGGAUUACCAUCCUCAAAUUGUCCUUGAUCUUUCUAAAUCGUCUGGAACCUACACCGAUACUACUACUGAUAUACUUAUAACUGUGCGAACUAGUCCCAUAGGUGAUAGUUACUGGAGAUACCAACAUUCUCUGUGCGGUGGUCUCUUCGAGGCUACCGUAAUAAACUAUGAGAAUAGUGUACUUUCUGGUAUAGAAUCAUCUAAUGACAAGUUGGAUAGCGUUACAACCUAUUAUUAUGGAGACAAUCCCUCAGAUGAGAAUAAUCUUCUCUUGGUUGGCUUAGAGAAAAGAGAUAAUAGUUAUGUAUAUUAUGGUAGGAAGGACGGAGGAUCCACUUGGAUUCUUCUUGACGGGAAAGAUAAAACCAGUAAAUUACAGGACAGUUCUCUUACCAAUAAACUUAAAGACUUGAAGGAGAAGCUUAAUGCAGAUCACCAAAAACAGGUAAUCAUACAUGCGGUUGGAGGAACCGUGGGAGGGCUGGCAACUGCAGGAGCUCUAGUCGCUUUAGCCAAGGUAUUUUGGCCCGCAAUUGUGACAUCUUCUGCCACUCUAUAG